AUGGAAUGGCCAAUAAAUAAUAGUUCUUACAAAUCAAAGAGAACCGUGCAACCAGUACUUUUUCAUUUGCCAAUACCACAUUUAGUCAUUAUUAGUUCUCUGUUACCAAUUUUUGCUACCAUAUUUUGUAUUAUCUGGUCCAUUCUCUAUAAUUUUCAAGAAGCCAACCAUACACACUGCAAUGUAUAUAAUUUCUUUCCAUCAGUCAGUUCAACAAUCAGCCAUUUUGCUCCUCAAAAGUAUAUUUGGAGAAUAUGUAUUGCACUGCAUUGUGGACCACGGUUUUUCAUUGCAAUUUCAUAUUAUAAAUUUCAUACAUCUCGAAAUGUUGGUACUCACAAGACAAUAUACAAAUGUUUGGUUGUUCUCAAUACAGUACUACAUAUUAUGGAACUCAUUGGCUUGAUUACACUAAGUUAUGUUUCAUCAACAGAAAAUUAUAGAAUCCAUGAGUCCAUGUUUAUUUUGUUCAUAAUCUCAAGUAUAUUGUACAUGCUUUUAACAUGCUUUUUAAUUGGCUAUGGUAAAACAAUAGAACUUACCAAGCAGGAGAAGAAAUCUUUAAAUUUAAAGGUCUAUUUGGUGUUAUUUAAAAUUAGCAUGUUUUUGAUAUCGUUAUAUUUUUUCUAUCGCCACAAUAAUUAUUGUGAACCAAGAGUAUACUCUGUUUUUUCAGUCUUAGAAUAUGUUAUCAUAUUCACAAACAUUUUAUUUCAUGCUACGUUGUAUUGUGACAUCCCUUCAUUUUGUUUUACAAUAUGUGAUAGUUAUCUAGUUGAUAAUGGCAAAAAACAUCACUAG